UGCAGAAGUUCACUUCAGUUUGAUUCUGAGAGGUGAUGAAGGUGAAGCUGCUGCUCUUCCUCUGCGAGAUCCUCUGCGGGAUCCUUAGUGGGACGGCUGAAGUUCUUCAUGAGGACUUUGGCAUCUUAGGCUGUUCAGACUAUGAUCAAGAAUACAUGUACGCUCUGGAUGGUGAAGAGAAAUGGUACGCAGACUACAAGAAGGAGACAGGAGUAGGACCUCAGCUUCCUCUUGGAGGUCAUUUUAUAAACCCUGAUGGAUAUCAGUUUGCUAAGGUUUAUGAACAGGUCUGCAGACGAAACCUGAAGGCUCUUAAAAAAACUACAAAAGGUCUUCAACUGGAACAAGACCCCCCCUCCAAUGUGAUGGUCUACAGCAGAGACGAGGUGGAGCUGGGGCAGCAGAACACUCUGAUCUGCCACGUCUCUGGGUUCUACCCGGCUCCUGUGAACGUGUCCUGGACCAGGAACGGUGAGAAGGUUCCAGGAAGCAUCAACGUCCCCCUCCCCAGCAGUGACGGGACCCUCACCCAGAUCUCCAGGCUGCAGUUUGUUCCUCAGCUGGGGGACAUCUACAGCUGCUCAGUGGAGCAUCCGGCUCUCCCUGAGGUCCAAACCAAGAUCUGGGAUUUUGAGAAGUCCCAGCCCAGCGUUGGACCCGCACUCUUCUGUGGACUGGGUCUGGUGGUGGGUCUGCUGGGCGUGGCAACAGGAACCUUCUUCCUCAUCAAAGGAAACGAGUGCAGCUGAUUGGAGGAUUCUGAUGAUGUCAUCAUGUCUGUACAUAGAAUUGAUCUGAAAGUUUUUAAACAUCCUUUUAUUUUUUGCUCUUCAUGAAUAAACCAUCGGGCGGGCCGGGUACGGCCGUAUGUUAGACACGCCUGCUCCAUAAAAUGAUGAUGUUCCUCUGGACAUUCCUGUUAAUAAAUCUUUAUUUAAAUACCAA